GCUAGGUACGUUCGCACCGUCACACGGAGAAUACAGUUCGAGUUCAGCCUUCGAAUCGUUCAGACGUUGCUCGGAAAAAAGCGGAAAACCAACCCCCCUUGCACACCCAUAGAAAUAUUCUGUUCAAGAACAGCUGUCCCAAGUGUCAAAUAGUGAACAACAACAGAGAAAUAAGUGAAAGAAAUUUACACCACAAAGUGAUCUAAAUCGGAUUUCAGGCAUACCAUUUCCCUGAACUGAACCGAAACAAGAAAAGUGAAAUUUUUGGAUUAUUAUCAAACACACACGCACACACAUUUUUGCCGUCGCAUUUUCUGUGGAUUACUCUUCAUCGACGACAAAAAAAUAAAAACAAAAACGAAAAGCUACAAAUUUCUGUGGCCACCGUCAACAUUUCCUUGUGGAUUACACUCUUCAAUAAAAAAAACUACACUAAGCUACAAAAAUGGUUGUCUUGGAAGGAGGCGGUGGUGUCGUUACCAUCGGCAAUAACCAAUACCUACAACCGGAUUACUUGGCUCCACUCCCGACAACGAUGGAUGCCAAAAAGAGUCCCCUGGCUCUGCUCGCCCAGACAUGCUCACAGAUUGGAGCCGAUUCAUCGGCGGUAAAGCCCCUGCUGGCAAUGGACAAGAACAAGACGAAGCCGGGCACCUGCUCCUCGUCCUCCACAUCCUCGACCUCGUCGAGCAACGGCGAUAUAUCGGCGGCCAAGUCGCCCGGCAGCCAGGCAAAAUCGCCGAAAUCCACAACGCCCAUUACGGCCACGGCCACCAGCAAUACCAGUCUGACAACCACCGGAGAGAUCAAGCUGGCCUUCAAGCCGUACGAGACGAACGUGCUGAGCCACCAGAACCAGAACUCCUUCAAGAGCAGCUCCUCCGUGGAGGAACCGAUGCGCCCCAGCUCCAAGAACUCCUCCUCCGCCCAGGAGCGUGUGCCGUCGCGCAGCAAGUCGAAUGCCACGCCCACAGAUGGACAUAGCCGGACACAGGAGGCGGCACCCAGCACACCCCAUGAUAAUGGCAGCCGGAAGACAGUGUCGCCCUCGGGCUCCUCACAGCGCGGCGCCAGCCCCAUCGUACGCUCCGGAAUGGAGGUCCUGAGCAACUCCAACGGCACCGCACAGCAUCCCAAGGAGAUGAGCAGCAUGGCAGCUGCAGCGGCUGCCGCAGCGGCGGCCUACAAGGCAGCCGGUCCCUAUGGCCUCAACCAUCUGUCGGCCCUCUGCUGCCCGCCUGGGAUGGAGCAGCACGCGAAUCCUGCUUUCCGUCCGCCCUUUGCCGGCGGCUUUUCGCACCAUCACGCCGCCAUGCUGGCGGCGGCUGCCAAUGGCGGCUAUCCGGGCGCCGGAGGCGGCAAUCCCGCCGGACAGCCCAAUCCGUACAUCAGCUACCAGCGCAUCAAGACGCCAGCGGGUGGCGAGGCCAUCGUGCCAGUGUGCAAGGAUCCCUACUGUCCCGGCUGCCCCUACUCCGCGCACACCCAACAGAUGCUGAUGGGGGCCCCCUGCCCGGCCGGAUGCACCCAGUGCGAGCACCAGAAGUACGGCAUGGCCAUGGCCAGCGCCGGCCUGCCCCCAGGCCAUCCGUACUCGCAGGCGGCGGCCGCAGCGGCUGCCAAUGCGGCGGCUGCACGCUCCGCCCCCUACGUCUGCAGUUGGGUGGUGGGCGAUGCCUAUUGCGGCAAGCGUUUCCAGACCUCCGACGAACUCUUCACCCACCUCCGCACCCACACGGGCAACCUCUCGGAUCCGGCUGCCGCGGCCGCCGCUUUGGCCCAGUCGCAGGCGCAGUCCCUGCUCGGAACCCUGUUCCCCCCAUCGGCGCUGCGAGGUGGAUAUCCCACGCCCCCGCUCAGCCCCAUGUCCGCGGCAGCGGCGGCAGCCCGCUAUCAUCCGUACGCCAAGCCGCCGCCAGGUUCCAUGGGCGGUGCCCCGUCGCCCUUUGGCGCCGGCGGAGCCUUCAAUCCGGCAGCAGCCGCUGCGGCAGCUGCUCUGGGACCGUACUACUCCCCGUAUGCCAUGUACGGCCAGCGGAUGGGAGCGGCCCAUCAGUGAAGAGGGCAAAGGAGAAGGAAAAGGUUUUUAAAUGCAUACCAAAAAACAAA